UGAUAUUGAUGCGUAUGAGGCGCAGAAUGGGCCUAUUAAGACUUCAGAUCCAAUGUUUGAGCCUCCACAGUACCCGGCAAAUGGAGAAAGUUUGGAUGAUCUUCUCGGAAACGCCGGCGAUGAGUAUUCUUUACGAAACCUGCAGCCAUCGAUCAUCGUUCCUGGGCCUCCUAACGAUGCGCGGGAUGCGUUUGACCCAUUCUCGGACGCGAACUGGGGUGCCGAAUUCGGGGAUGCUACGCAAGCCGAACAGGACGACGAUGUGUCAUAUCAAGGGUUCAUUCGUGCCGCUACUGCAAAUGCAUUUGGAGAGGAUCAGGAGCCGGCACGACAUGAUCUAGCUCCACCGCCACCAACCCACGGAGACCACUUCAAACUUGAAAACUACGGAG